AUGGGAACUUUUGGAUCAUUCUUUUCAGAAGCGCUUGGCACAUUCUUUUUGCUUCUAGUUAUAUUGGCUGUAACCGAUGAAAGAAAUGAAUUAAAUAUCAAACCAGUUGCACCUAUUAUAAUCGGUCUAGCUCUUGCCACCAUUGCACUUUCCCUAGGUUACGAAACCGGAUUUAGUUUGAAUGGUGCUCGUGAUUUCGGGCCAAGAUUGUUUACUUUCUUGGUUGGUUAUGGUGUAGAAGUUUUUUCUACAAGUUGUUUUUACUUUUGGAUUCCAAUUGUGGCUCCAGUUGUUGGUGGUUUAGUUGCUGGGCUUGAACAAUUGGAAGAGAUUACUAAAAGAAGCGGCAAAUCUCGACGGACACAAAAUGCUUUUUAUACUGUGAAAUCAUUGGAAUGUUGGGGCGUAAUAAGAUGUGGGUUGAACAUUUCCAGACCAAAGUGGUGUACAAAAACUGUUUACAAUGAAAUACAACAAAUCUGUAAGAGAAGGAUUCCAUAUAAGUCUCCAGGAAUAUUAAAGGAUCUUGUCAAGCUGAAUAAUACGAAUGAAUUGGAAAAUAAAUUGAAAAGUAUUAAUCAGAGACUUGAAGACCCAAUUACAACCUUUUCGAUAGAAAUUUUAAUAUACUUAUUUGAAUUUGUCUACCCUGACGGAACUAUAAUACAACGUGGAAAUAUAUCCGAAAGCACAUAUAGAUUGUAUGUAAUAGAUAUGUGUUUAAUGAAACUUCUAUCUGGACUACAAGCUGAUUUGAUAUAUAAACCGUAA